AUGGCUUUCAACUUCAACUGGUCGCCUCUCACGGCUGACGAGGACUUCUACGAGCGCGCCCGAGACCUGCUCACGACAGCACUCAACAAGACGCCCAAGCCUCCAAUAAUCGUCGAUGAUAUCCUCGUCACAGAGCUCAACCUCGGCUCCGUGCCGCCAGAGCUGGAGAUCCUCGAGAUCGGCGACCUGGCAGAGGACCGCUUCCGCGGCAUCUUCAAGAUGUGCUACAGCGGCGACGCCUUCCUGACCCUCCGGACAAGAGUUCAGGCGAACCCCCUGAACACAUACUUGCAUUCGAAGCCCGACUUCACGUCUCCACAGCCCUUGGCUGCCGCAUCGGGCCUGACCAUCCCGUUGUCGCUGACCCUGUCCGACAUCAAGCUGUCGGCCUUCAUCAUCCUGGUCUUCUCGAAGCAGAAGGGACUCACCAUCGUCUUUCGCAAUGACCCCCUCGAGUCGCUCAAGGUCUCCUCGACCUUCGAUUCCAUCCAGUUUGUUAGGGACUACCUCCAGAAGACCAUCGAGGGGAAGCUUCGCGACCUGAUGAUGGAUGAGCUCCCCGCCAUCAUCCACCGGCUGUCAUUGCGUCUGUGGUGCCCAGACCAGAUCCCCAGAGAUGAGGAUGAGACCCCAGAAACGAGCGAGCCUGCCGUCGACCCCUUUGCGAGCCCACCGCAGGACGCCGUCGACGCCCAUGGCAACUUGCUGGAUCCUAGCGAGAUACAGAACCUGUCGCUUGACAACAGUCCCGAGAUCCAGACCCUGUUCUCACAGAAGAACCUCAUCAGGCUUGCGUCACUCAGCGAUUGCAAUAGGACCAUGUCGCUGUUCACCCCGUCUUUGCGUGACGUUGUCUUCCGUGCCUGGGCUGGCUCGCAGGAGAAGCCAGAGAGUGUCACACCGCCGCUAGCAACCCCUAGUUUGACCAAGGCACAUUCUUUCCACGGCACUUCGACGACGUACACGUUCUCGGAUACCAGCAGUAUGGAGCAGGGCUACAUGCCACCAUCCCGACCUUCGUUGGUUAGCCUCAACACAGCAACCACUGGUCUCUCGCUCGGAGCCGGGCGAAAUUCGAGGUCGCACGCCGGCCGCAAGAAGAAGACCCGGGUUGUGAACCUCAGGCGGAAGCAGUCUGAGAGCGCGCCUGUCAGCGUUGAAGUGAGCGAUGCAAGCGAAAGUGCCACAGACACGGCAUCGGUCGAAGGACCCUUGUCAGAACCUCUGAUGGGCUCGAUUAUUCCGGAGGAGCCCGAAGACUACGUCCCGUUGACGCCCACCAAGGUCCGAUUCAACGACGGCAGUGCGAACGAUGGACCGAUGCGGCCACCACUGAAGCCAGAGCUUUACAGCACGGAGGCACCGGAAACUUACUCGCCACAAAAGCAGAAGCAGGCCGAAUCCACAACCCAAGUUCAGUCGCAACAAGCCCCACAGGUCUCAAGCGAGGAGAAGGCAUCAUUCGCCUUCUCACCACGGAGAGGCCCGCCUUCAGAGACUCCUUCUGUAAUCUUGGAACAGGCCUGGAUCAACAAGAUGGCCGGCGAGAUCGCCAGGAGAGUGUACGACGAGAAGAGGAGGAAUCCUGCCUUUUGGGAAGAGCGCGAGGAUGUGCCUCCGCCAGCAUACGAGGCUCAAUAG